AUGUCUCCUCUGAUACUUUACUCGGGGCUAUUGGCCAUCUUCGUCUAUUGCCUUCUUCACCUGCGAAGCCUCCUCAACCGUCACCCUCACCCUCUCCCGCCAGGCCCAAAACCAUGGCCCCUAGUUGGAAACCUACUCCAGUUGGGGCCUAUGCCUCACCAGUCCAUGGCAGCCCUGGCAAAAACUUAUGGGCCUCUCAUGCACCUCCGGUUUGGCUUCGUCGACGUGGUGGUGGCUGCAUCAGCUUCUGUGGCCGCUCAGUUCUUGAAAGUACAUGAUGCCAACUUCUCUAGCAGGCCACCAAACUCUGGCGCUAAACAUAUUGCAUAUAAUUACCAAGACCUUGUGUUUGCACCGUACGGACCACGGUGGCGCGUGCUUAGGAAGAUCAGCUCCGUCCAUCUCUUCUCUGCCAAGUCCUUGGAUGAUUUUAGACAUGUUAGACAGGAUGAAGUGGCAUUGCUUACACGCGCACUGGCAAGUGCUGGUGCAACACCCGUGAACUUGGGUCAGUUGCUUAACGUUUGCACAGCUAAUGCUCUCGGGAGGGUGAUGCUAGGGAGACGAGUUUUCGGUGACGGGAGUGGUGGCGGUGACCCCAAGGCAGACGAGUUCAAAUCAAUGGUGGUGGAAGUAAUGGUGUUGGCUGGGGUGUUUAACAUCGGUGACUUUGUUCCUGCUUUGGAGUGGCUUGACUUGCAGGGUGUAGCUGCUAAAAUGAAGAAACUUCAUAAAAGAUUUGAUGCUUUCUUGACUAACAUUGUGGAGGAGCAUAAAAUAAAAAGUACUACUGCUGAUGUUAGAUCAGGUAAGCACACAGACCUGUUGAGUACGCUGAUUGGAUUGAAGGAUGAGCAGCAGGAUGUUGACGGUGAGGGAGGGAAGCUCACUGAUACUGAAAUCAAAGCAUUACUAUUGAACAUGUUCACUGCUGGCACCGACACGUCUUCGAGCACAGUGGAAUGGGCUAUUGCAGAACUUAUACGGCAUCCAAACAUCCUGGCCCAAGUCCAACAGGAGCUCGACUCCGUUGUCGGGGGGAGCAGCUCGACCGUUUUGGUGAAUGUAUGGGCCAUAGCCCGUGACCCAGAUUUAUGGACUGAACCACUAGAGUUUCGGCCCGAAAGAUUUCUUCCUGGGGGAGAGAAGGCUGACGUUGACGUUAAGGGAAGUGAUUUUGAGCUUAUACCGUUUGGUGCUGGGCGUAGAAUAUGUGCAGGGAUGAGUCUUGGGCUGCGCAUGGUUCAACUAUUGACUGCAACUUUGAUUCAUGCAUUUGAUUGGGAAUUGGCUAAUGGAUUGGUACCUGAGAAAUUGGACAUGCAAGAAGCUUAUGGACUGACUUUACAACGCGCCGUGCCCUUAAUGGUGCACCCUAGGCGUAGGUUAUCCCCAAACCUCUACAAGGCAUCAAAUUAA